CUGCUAGUUUAGGCCGGUGUUCUACCCUAAAAUGGCGGCUCCCUUAGUGUUGGUGCUUUUGGUAGCCGUAACGGUUCGGGCCGCUUUAUUCCGCUCCAGCCUGGUCGGACUCAUCGCUGAGAGGGUGGAGGUGGCGUCUCCUUUAAAUGCCUGGAAACGAGUUGUUGAAGGACUAGCCUUACUUGAUUUGGGUGUAUCUCCGUAUUCCGGGGAUAUCUUUCAUGAAACACCAUUUAUAAUAUACCUCUUUCAUUUCCUGAUUGAUUAUGCUGAACUAGUAUUUAUGUUUACAGAUAUUUUGACAGCUAUAGCACUUUAUUUAGCUGUUCAGGAUUACAACAAAGUUUUGUUUAAAAAGCAAAAACUGCUAAUAGAAUUGGAUAAAUAUGCAUCUGAUGCUGCAGAGCUUAUCCGGACUCCUGUAGAAAUGUACUAUGUUCCUCUCAAAGUAGCACUGUUUUACCUGUUGAAUCCAUACACUGUGUUGUCUUGUGUGGCAAAAUCCACCUGUGCCAUCAACAAUGCUAUAAUUGCCUUCUUCAUUUUGGCAACAAUAAAAGGUAGUACUUUUCUGAGUGCUGUAUUUCUGGCAUUAGCAACAUACCAGUCUUUGUAUCCUCUUACCUUGUUUGCACCAGCCCUUCUCUAUUUAUUACAGCGUCAGUUCAUACCAGUGAAAAUGAAAAGCAAGGAGUUCUGGUUUUACACCAUACAAUAUGCGGGACUAUAUUUGGGAAGUCUGAUAGUGAUAAUUUGCCUCUCAUUCUUCCUCCUCAACUCAUGGGAUUUCAUUCCAUCUGUUUAUGGUUUCAUCCUUUCUGUUCCAGACCUGACACCCAAUGUUGGCCUUUUCUGGUACUUCUUUGCUGAAAUGUUUGAACACUUCAGUCUCUUUUUUGUGUGUGUUUUUCAAAUCAAUGUCUUCUUCUACACUAUUCCAUUAGCGCUAAAAUUAAAGGAACAUCCCAUGUUCUUCAUGUUUGUUCAGUUGGCCAUCAUUUCCAUCUUUAAGUCCUACCCAACUGUAGGUGAUAUUGCUCUCUACAUGGCCUUCCUUCCUCUCUGGAGCCAUUUAUAUCAGUUUUUGCGGAAUGUCUUCAUACUUUCCUGUGUUCUCAUUGUCUGUUCCCUGCUGUUCCCGGUUUUAUGGCAUCUGUGGAUUUAUGCAGGAAGUGCAAACUCCAAUUUUUAUUAUGCAAUCACAUUGACAUUCAAUGUAGGCCAGAUUUUUCUCAUCUCAGAUUAUUUUUAUGCCUUCCUGCAGAGGGAAUACUAUCUCAUUCACGGAAUCCAUUUAAUAAGAAAAGAUAGGACAGAUCCUAUGUUGGUUCUUAAAUAAUCCUGGCAUUUGAUGUGACUUGAGGAAUAGACAUUUAUGGAAAAAAAGAUGAUACUAAAGUGGGUGGGGACCUGAUUUUUGGGAAGAAACUGUUUUGCAUAUGGAGAAUGGGCUGCGAUAUGGGAAUACGCUAAUCCUGAUGCAGAGUUGGUACUAAGAACCGGUGAACAAGGUGGAAGAGACUGCCUUUAUAUCCUGCAUCCCUAUUUAAAGCUGUUUCCUCCAUCCAUAGCAUUGCUGUGAACCCUGUUCAACAAUCCUUGAGAUUCUUCAGGUAAACUGCAUUGGGACUUACAACCAAAAUGAGCUUUUGUACCUAGAAGCAAGGCGGUAGGUGUUGGUGAUAAUGAUGAUUUCUGGGAACACUUUUGAGAAGUUUUUUUCAGGAAACAAAUAAUAUGCAUUAUUUUGGUUCUUACUGCUGUGCUUCCUUUGCUGUAAUUGUUCAUUUACCUGCCUAAAUUUACAGACGUCUUUGGAGGAAGGGCAGCUAUAUGAAACUUCUUGUCCUAAUACUAGAAGCUAGGAGGCCUGGUAACGGCACGGUGCUCUAGACAGAAGGUGGAUUCUGAACCAGUCUGGCAGACAUGGAGAGCUAAAUCCCAGAUUUUAAAAGACAGUGGCCAGGAUUAGGAUUUAGAGUUAGGUCAUGAGGUGGUGAGGUGGGUAGAAUUUGCUCACUUUUCUUUAAGGGAAAAUAGUGUUUCUCUGCUGUGUUAUUUGGCAAUUAGUUUUAAGGAAGAGAGAUUAACACAGCAUGAUACAGGAAACUUUCCCUCCCC